GCAUCGGUUUCAUAGAAAGCCAUUUUUAGGAUUUUAAUCGUAAUAUGUUUGUUUGUUAAUCGUACUAUUGUAAUAAAUGCCGUUCGGGUAGGCUUUAACUAUGGUAUUUAUUUGGAUUGUUAUAGAUUAUAAAAGGUUUUAUCAACAGUUUUGGUCUAAGCUAUUUGUAAUAGGAAUUAAAGUUUAUUGUGACAAAAUACAUAAAUUACAGAUAGAAUCAAACUAAGCUCCGUAGUCUAUUUAACGUUGUGGAUUUAGGCUUCUGAUUUAUUACUUGAAUAGCUUGGUUCAUAGUGCAAAAUUAUAAUCGUGUAUCGAUGUAUCGAUUGAAUGGCAGAAAAUGGCUUUGAAUUAGACUUUCAAGCAUUUAAAAAGCAAUUUUGUCUUAAAAUUGUCUUUACAAUCCACGCAUUUAAUUUAAUGUCGAUGUCGAUGCGGGUUUAAGUUAAAGACACUUCAUUAUUCAGUUAUAUUUAGUUUAAAUAUAUUGUGGAGUUAACGUUUGUGGAAGUGUUGGGGAAGUGCAAGAAUGACGGGGUCGGAGGGCGAAAAGUCCUUCAUAAUCGUCAAAUACGGAGAGAAUGAGGAGGCGCUGUUUAACCCUUGGUGCACAAGCUAUACCCUUAUGGAGUGGAUCAGGAAAAAAUGCAACUGUGAUGAAGAAAUAACCAUCGACCUGGUGGACCUGGACGGUCAGGUGACCAACCUGUCGGGGCGGGCUAAGGACUACGCACACGAGCUGGUCAAUCCGAGGGGCAUCUACAUUCUCAUACGCGUAGACCGGUUACCUGAUAACGGCCAGUUCCACUACACUUCCCUGCUUAACAACCUGGAGGAGACCAACCCCGAACUCAUGGUGAAAUUAAACAGUUUAUCGCGGCCGACAACACGUGCCAGAAAUGUGAAACAAAAGGGAGGUAAAAAGACCCAGUCACAGAAACUACGACAGGAGUCGGCUAACCGGAGGCCGGGCAGCAGCGAGAGAAAGAAGGGGAAAUGAUGCCAGUGUUGGGGAGGACUUUGUGAAACCCCAAGGUCGUGGCCAGUGUACGUGGGAUAGGGACAGCUGGUGACCAAUGUAUGUGGGGUGGAGACUGUUAGGGGCAUGGCUUAAUACACUGCUGCUGACAUGUACAGGCGCCACUCUGCUGAACAUAGUUACAUUCUGACAGCCCAUGUUAAUUAAUGUUUGUAAAUAGCUUUAUGUUAUUUUGUUCAUUAGCAUUGUUAAAUCAAAUUAUAUUUUACGUAUUUACUUAAAGCAAUAAAAUUAAUGUUUAAACUUUAAAA